AUGCCGUACCCGGUGAAAAUGGUUCCCGAUAAUGAUCCGACUGGCACAAGAAAGCGAGAUGCGCAGCGGGCAAGGUGGAUCGAUCAGGUGGAAGAUGCCUUGUGGACCCUCCGUAAACUAUCUAUUAUCAAUUUCCUAUCUAACUAUCUAUCUAUUGAUACUUUCAUGUUUGAAGGCCACGAUACGACUACGUCAGCCAUUAGCUUUCUCACAGGAAUCCUAGCCAAGUAUCCUGAUGUUCAACAGAAAGUCUACGAUGAAGUGCGAUCCGUUAUUGGAGAUAACUCAAACGUUCCGGUCACUCUCUCAAUGUUGAACCAACUUAACUAUCUGGAUUUGGUUAUCAAGGAAACUCUAAGGCUUUACCCUUCAGUACCAAUCUUUGGGCGAGCCCUGUUGGAAAAUCAAGAAAUCAACGGCAUCACCUUCCCGGCUGGAUCGAAUCUAGUGAUCUUCCCAUACUUCAUGGGCCGCGAUCCAAACUACUUCGAAGAUCCUCUGGAGUUCAGACCGGAGCGAUUUGCUGUGGAGAAAUCCGCCGCGAAAAGCAACCCCUACCAAUAUGUUCCAUUUAGUGCUGGACCAAGAAACUGCAUAGGCCAAAAGUUUGCCGUGACCGAGAUCAAAAGCUUGAUCAGCAAACUGGUUCGGCACUAUGAGGUACUACCACCAAAGCAGGCCAAACCAGAAACAAUUAUCGCAGAGCUGGUGCUGCGUCCAGAACAUGGCAUUCCGGUGAGACUAAGAAAUCGAGUGAAAUGA